CACUCGUAAGAAGCCUCCUCAACCAUGCUAUUUUGCAGCGUAAGCUUGUUGACAGUAGUGGUCUUGAAGCGCAGCUCAAUUAGGCAAGUAUACGGUAGUACUGACGGCCACAUCUCACAACCAUCAAGUUUGUUUUGAGUUAUACAGAGGCGGAGAACACGUGGUCGGUGGAUGGGACCCAUUGAGCGUUAAUCAAGCAGAGGAGACUAACGUUUCAAGCUAGGACGCUACUGCUAACACUGUGAUCGCAGUCGAAGGCAACGAAAUGACAAGUGGUGGAAAUUAUUCAUCGCUCCGCCGGGCUCAACUCACUUACGAUUAUCUGCAUACAAACAGCACAACACACGAAUUCUUGUUCGGAGCUUUGGCCGAGUUGGUUGAUAACGCAAGAGAUGCAUCGUCACAGAAAAUCGACAUUUACACAGAACAAUGCGAUUCAUGUCGAGGAAAUUUUAUAUUGUGCUUCCGCGACGACGGAGACGGAAUGGAUCCAACCGAAGUCGGGAAUGUUAUACAAUUUGGUCGGUCCGUCAAACGCACCGUGGACUCCAGAAUGAUUGGGCAGUAUGGAAAUGGACUGAAGUCAGGAACUAUGCGAAUAGGGAAAGACAUGAUCCUCUUUACAAAGAAAGGUAACACCAUGAGCUGCCUGUUCCUUUCAAGGACAUUUCACGAGAAAGAGAAGAUCGAAGAAGUUGUAGUUCCGAUGCCUUCCUGGGAAGUAUCCAGUAAGAAACCUUUUGGUAAAUCUAAGCGUGAAUUGGAAAAGCAUCAACUUGAAUUGAAUUUGAUCUUGAAGUACUCGCCUUUCAAGAUGGAAUCACAGUUGUUUGAGCAAUUUGAUAAAAUAGGAUCGAAAGGGACGCUAGUUGUUGUGUAUAAUGUAAAACUCAUGGAUAAUGGCGAGCCUGAACUUGAUGUAGUCAGUGAUCCUCAUGAUAUCAAAAUGGCGGAUCCAGAGGCAGGAGGGAACGUGGCAGAUUACGACUUGACUAUGCCAGAGAGGAUUUCGUUUAGAGCCUACACUGCAAUUAUGUACUUGGAUCCUCGAAUGAAAAUUUACAUACAGGGUAAAAAGGUGCGGACGAAAAGACUAACGACUUGCUUAUACAACACGAAGUGUUACGAUUUCACGUCUAAAAGGUUCAAGACAAGAUCGGAACAGGAGAGUGAGAAGGCUGUUCGUGAGGCUAAAAUAGCCGAGGAGAAGGCGCGAGAGCUUGAAACACAAGCAAGGGAACUUCAGAAGCAGGCGGAACAGACAUCCAAAGAUAAAAGGGCGGAGCUGAGAAAAGCACAAGCGCUCGCUACGGCCGCCAGGGCAGAUGCACAAAUGAAGACCAACAUUGCUGAAGCUAAAAAGAAAUCCAUGAAGGAACCUAAGACUCUUAACUUUACUUUUGGAUUCAACAUUGAGAAUCGUCGUUAUUACGGAAUGUUCAUUUACAACUGCAGUCGGUUAAUAAAAAUGUACGAAAAAGUUGGCCCGCAAAAGGAAGGAGGAGUAAAAUGUUAUGGAAUCAUAGGUGUUGUAGAUGUGCCUUAUCUCGUUUUGGAGCCCACACACAAUAAGCAGGAUUUCGCAGACGGAAAGGAAUUUAAACAAUUACAAAGAGCGUUGGGUGAGCACUUAGAACAAUACUGGAAAGACUCGAAAAUCGAAAGUCAGGGUGUAACGAAGUUCUGGGAGGAUUUCGGCUAUGUAGGCAAAUGGGCAGACGGCCCCUCUAUGGAUCAGAAGUUUGCGAGAAAAAGGGCGAUGCAGAUACCAUUAAAUGUACAGUGCGACAUAUGCCUUAAAUGGCGAAAACUGCCGUUUGCUCAGAAAAACGUCGGUCGUCAAUUACCAGACGAAUGGUGUUGUGCCAUGCACCCCGAAUCAGGUUUUAACAGCUGUGACCGUCCUGAGCAGGUCAUUCCAAUUAAGAAAGGAACUUUACAGAAACAAACUAAAUCGGCCGAAGAGAAAGCGAAAGAACUACAAGACGAAAUCCGGAAAAAGAGAGAAAAACUCUCGCAAGUGGAGCGUCAACGACCACAAGUCGCGCAGGCCACGACACAGAAAAGGGUCGAGAGAGUAUCUUCGGCGGAGAGUACCUCCUCAUCUACGGGCGACACUACAGAGAGACGAGUACAGAGGAGGCCAGUCGCGGACAGUACAGAAGUUAAGAGAACAAAGUCUACGAACGAGCCAUUAAAACGGCGAAAUACAACAUCUCCGAUUACAAUUGAGGCCAAACGGAAAAAGAAUGAACCACAAGCAACGAAGACCGUGGUCAGAAAGGAACAUCAGGAACAAAGAGAACAGCAAAUAAAGAGACGAGAGGAACUUAAGAAAGAGGAGCAACGGAAAAAAGAAGAAGCGGAAAAACGGAUAAAAGAAGAGAAGGAAAAACAAAAGAAAAUAGAAAUGGAACAGCAACGACAACGUCAACGAGAAGAAAAAGAGCGACAACGGAAACAGGAAGAACUCGAGCAAGAAAAUAAAAAAGAAAAAGAACAGGAACAACAACGAAAGAAAGACGAAAAAGAACAGGAACAACUUGAGAUGGAGCAACUCAUGGAAUGGAGUAGCGAGGGAGAAACUGAUGCAACGACACUCUCAAAGGGAACCAAAGUAGAAGCGCGGGUUGAUAACUCAAACUGGUACAUUGGUACAGUGUUUGCUUCAAAACCGAAAAAAGGAUUUGCUUGCCGAGUUCGCGUCAAAUUCGACAUGUACCCAAAGGACAAGUACGACAAGUGGUUUGACCAUCCCAGUGAAGAUUUGAGAGUUCUAAAACCUGUGGAAGAAUCAGCUCCCAAGUCUCCAAGCCCAAGUAGAGAAGUGUCAAGCUCGACAAUUGAAGCGCCAAGCAGUCAGCAGGAGCAGGAUCAGAAAACACAGCCGCCAGCUCGACAAGUGAAGGAGCCUGUACAGUCCCCAGAGGACAACCGUGUGUCGUCAAUGUCGGAUGACACCCUUACGGCAGACCAGGAGCACCCUGCAUUAAAAGACGUCGUUGGGUUGUUUAGACGCUGUCUUUGCUAUUUUGCUCCUCCGUCGUUUAAAAUUUCAAAGGAGGACAUUAAAGAGAUGGGCACUGAGGAGCUGAGAGAAUUUCCACUGGACAGCUUUAUUGAUGAUUACGAAAAAGGAAUUUCGGAGUUGAUUGAUGGUUUCCGGAAAAAAGGGGAAGAAGCCGAUCAAAGAGCUACAAAUGCCGAGCAGCGUUUGGCGGAAGCAAACAGCGAAAAAGAGAGAUCAACGACCAAAUUAAUAAAUCUGCGAAAAAAUGCAGGAAAACUGCUUCGCUUUAUACAAGAGGAUCCCAAUGACUGCGCAAUAAGUGAGGAUGAUGUUUCAGACAAAGUGGAUGAAAUGAUGGAGAACAUAGCACAGCAGGCGGAGGACCGAUGACAGAUGCUUUUUUUUUCUUCUUCCAGUUCGCUGAUUCUUUACGUGCCAUUCGUGUUCUUUCAGUUUUAUAGUACAUCGUUUUUACAAGCUGUGCGAUGACUCAUGGUUUGUUAAGCUCAACUCUCUUCCAAUUUUGGUACAAGUCAACACGCGUUGGACGAUAACGCACGUUCGGCUCGCGUUCAAAGAUGCCUUUUUACUCGAGUUAUUCCAUACAACUUGAAGAAAUUUCUUUAAAUUGUAACUGUAUACAUAUGCACAAAUAAACGUUUUGUUUUCGUUAGAAAUGUAAGAGAUUUUUCUCAAACGUUCGCGAAAUGUUUUUCUAAGAAGCAUCGAUGACUCAAGACAUUUGAAAAGGAACAAGAAGGACUUCAAAGGCUGUUCGUUUUGAUGGUGAUCACCUGAAAUUGGGAGUCAGCGAUGCCUGAAGUCCCAAGUAAAAUGUCACACUCAUGCGCAAGAAAUGUGCCUGGACAAGGAAGUCAACAUUUCAGACACAUAACCUCACGAGGUUUAUAAUUUUUCAGUUAUAUGAUGAUAUUUAUUUCAGACGGACGUAGAAAGUCAGUUCAGUAACGUUUUUAACUGUAAAAUAUCUGUUUUUCAGAAACACAAUGUAAUGACUAUUUUGUAUUAUUUUAAAAGAUAAAUGUGUGCAUACGGUUUUUUGACUUGCUUGUUAUCACACUGUAUUAUGAUUCCUGUGCAACGUGUGAAGGAACUUGGCGUGUCAUUUCGUGGUCCUCUAGUUGAUUCCUACAAGGUGAAGGAGUCGUGUUAGUUGACAUCUUAAAUUCAGUGACUUAAAAACAAAUAUCGUUAUAGUGCUUGUUGAAACCUCUGUAGGCAAGUACAGAAAACUAAUGAAAACAGUAUCAGGAAUAACACCCUCAUGACUUGUCUGUUUUCAAGUAAAAACUCGAUGGUUCAUAUGGUGACUUACACUGUGAAUCUUCCUAACCAUGAAAGCUACUCAAAAAUUGUAAAGUGAUAAUUUUGGAAUUAAAUGGAUCAGAAAACAAAAAAGUAUCUCGGACCACGAAUUUUGACUUGGUUCCUUUUAACUGAGCGAAUAUUUUAAACAGUUAGGUAAGUGACUUAGAAUUCUAGUUAUUGAGUGUUCGCUUUGGCAAAAGUUGAUCGGUGCUCAUAACCCAAUACACAGACGCUUUGGCAAAUAAAUUGAUAUUUUAUUCA